GAUUACAUCCUCAUUCGUGCAUGUUACACAAACAGCCUUCUUAACACUCGCCUAAUAAACAACGAUCCCGCAUUUCAGGACUUUCUAAAGUCAGAACAGUUCGCAGGAACACGUUCCAUAAAGUUCUGCAGUAAAUUAUUCCUGUCCACAGAGGUUACUUUCGGUAUUAAUUAAUCGAUUGACGUACAGUUGCUCAGUAAACUCCGAAGCGUGAGCUAUCGAACAAACCGUGAGCUAACGUCUGAUAAUGUAGGAUCCUAUUGUAAUAACAACAGAAUAUCAAUAGAAUAUUACUCUAAUAUCAAUACAAUUUAAUAUCGUAGCCUAACUCUCUUAACAGCAUCACCCAAACGAAACUAACAAUAACACUUUCGAUUUUGUUGCUUAUAAAAUUGGGUGACAAUCAGUUGUUGUUUCACAGUGCCCUGUUUGGAUCAUCAGUCCGUGAAAAUGAUUCUGACUGCAUCUUCACACUACGCUUUAUUCUUUUGCGGAAAAACGUUGCAGGUGAACUGAUUCCAGAACAGAUUUUUCCGGGAGGAGGAUGGAUUGCCCCCAGUGCUGCAGGGAAUGUGGGCAGAAUGACAAGUUCUGCAGUGAAUGUGGCUACAAACUGUGCUAUGCUAACACACCUCUCACAGGUUCUAACCGACACACCCACUCAAAGAGGCGGAGCCACACUGACAAUCGUCUUCUGGGGUGUUGCCGUGCUUUCAUUUGCUGCCAGUGCACAGCACAAGAUGAGGAAGAGAGAAGUGUGUUGGAAUCUGAGACCCAGCAGAGAGACACAACACCUGCUGAGCACAUCACACCUGGCACACCUGCCCCAGAGUCUGAGUAUCAGGAGGAGACCACAGACAACAGAUCCAGCCUGGGCCCAGAACCAGCACCAGAGGACCCAUCCUUAUGUCUGGCCCAGUCCCAGCCCUCCUCUGCAGACCCAGAUAAGUCAGACGCAAAGAGUGCUUUAGUGGGUACUGAUGACAUGGAUGGGACUUUGAGAGAAGACACCAAAUAUACUGUGUGUACUGCACAGGAGGAGGAGGAGGAUGAAGAGGAGGAGGAGGAGAAGGAGGAAGCUGAAGACUCAAAGGAGAGUGUGAGUGUAUCUAAAGGCGAGACCGUCAGUAAAGUCUCCCACGCCAUGCCCUCACCAAGAAGAACAUCUGGAGCUUCCCUCCCGGGAGGGGACCUCGCUGAUCACCCACACACAGUUCUGAGAUCCUCAAAACCUAUCUCCAUUAUGGCUCAGCUCGGAGGCCAUGUGGUGGCGCCUCAGUUUGAGGGAUGUUAUGUUAUGGGUGAUUUUACUGUAAAUAUAAACAAAGGCCCUGAUGUCAAAGACUGUGACCAACAGCAAGGGCACCCAAUCAGCAAGAGCCACACCCACUCUGACAACCACACCCACUGUGGUGACCACACCCACUCGCAGAGCCAGGGCCAGUCUGACACUGGCCUUCCCAAGGCUGAGACAGAGGAAACUUUGAAAGAGCAGAAAGAAAAGGCCAAAUCACAGACGAGUCUGUUGAAAUCAGAGAACCAGCAGACAGACACAACACCUGCUGAGCACAUCACACCUGGCACACCUGCCCCAGAGCCAUCUGCCCCUGGGAGGGUGGAAGCCACUGAUGCGCAGAGCAGGUCAGUGACUCUGUGCUGGGAAAGACCGGUCAGCAUGAAGGGAGUUUCUCCUGAGAUCCACAUCACCUACGGCUGUGAGGGAGAAGAGCCCAGAUCACAGAUAUGUGCACCCAACACCACCACAGCUGUCCUUACUGAUCUGAGACCUGGGAUGAAAUAUACUUUCAACCUCACUGCAGUCCUUCCAAACAGCAUCUGCAGCAGGACCAGCUCAACAAGAACUAGUCUGGAUGAGCUGGUGUGUGACUUGGGACUGGAACACCACCUGAAGAACAAGCUGACUCUGAGCAAGGUGCUGGAGAUUGAUGGAGAGACUUUAAGUGAUGAAAGCAUCCAGUCUCUGAAAUCUCUGCCGUGGUGUUUCCUGAGGAGGUUGAUGAUGGUGAAUGUGACUGCUAGGAGUGUGAGGUGCACCUCAAAACAGGACAUGACUUCCCAGAAUCUGGACAGCUUACUGAAAACCCUGUGCAAUCCACAGGGCCACAGCAACAGAGUCAACCCCCUGGACCUCAUAACUGCUGUGUUUCUCUGCUCAGAUGGCUUCCUCCAGCAGGAGAUGGUUUUGAAAAUGUCCAUGUGCCAGUUCUCUGUGCCUCUGCUGCUUCCUAAAUGUGACACACAGCAGUACACUUUAAUGCUCUGGGCCAUGAGGGAUGUUGUGAAAAAGUACAAGCCGCACUCUUUGGAGGACCCAAGUGGGUUUCUAGAGGAGAACAUUGUUCUCUCUGAGCUCCCCCUGGUCUCUUUUGUGAGGCUGGGAAACAGCAGCUUGUCCAAGUCUCAGAUCCUGAACCAGCUUCUCAGCAACCCUCAGCAGUACCACGACACCUUUGUUCACAAAAACAUGGAGUGCGGUGACACCCCCAGGAGGAUUUCCAAUGGGCUGGUGGAGAUCAGCUGGUAUCUGCCCAGUGGGAACAGAAGCAUUGACAUCUUCUCUGAGCCACUGGCUAUAGCUAACCUCCGUGGGGACCUCAGGGACUUUGAAACUCAGUACGCUUUCCUUUGUCACAACUCUGCUGCUGUAUUUGUGUUUUGUGAUGAUUACAAAUUUCUGGACUCCCAGCACCUGAAAGAUCAUUGGUUCUUGAUCAUCAAUUCACAGAGCAAGAGCUUCAAUAAAGAUGAUUUCAGCAGAUGUGUUUCUGAGUUAGAGCUAAAGCCCAGUAACAUCAUCAUAAAGGGUCCGCAGAUGAAUGAUACAGAAUUCAUCAAAACCCUGCGUUUGGGUAUCAGUGGAAUUUUAAAGGGAAACGUGCUCAAAAUGAGCAUUGAACAGAUGUCUGAUGUUGCCCAUGAGCUUGCGAUCCAGGUUGAUGAAGAUUAUGACUCCUGUCAGAAUGGUAAGCAGAAGGCUGAUGCAAUCACAGAAAGGAUUUUUGACAUACCAAGCUUCAAGGAGAAAGAGCUGCCCUUGCAAGGGACUGCAUGGAAACAGCUGGCCAAACUGGAGAAGGAAGAGUGCAGGAUGAAAAAUGCUGGGAAGAAAAACAUAGAAGUUUACAGGAAUGAGCUUGCAGAACAGAAGCAGCAGCUCAGAGCACAGCAGAGGGCUCACAGAAUCUCAGAGUCUAUGUCCCGUUUCAUCUCUGCAAUGUCUGGUUCCACAGAGGAGCGCAAGUAUUUCCUCAAGUGGAUGAGGAUCAACCUGGACAACCUGACACACAGAAGCCUUCCACUCCUUCGGGCGGAGUACAAGGAACAGUGUCAGAAUUCCUCAGAAAACAAGGAGCUCAUUGGAGAGUUGGACAGGAAGAUCUCUAGUUCAUCCUUGGGGACAGAGCACUUCUUGCGGGAAAUGGGUCAGCUGUACGAGUUGGCCUGCUCACUCCCUGAAGGCCCCACCCCUGAGAUUCAGGGCCUGCCACGUCUGACUGCCGAGCUGCUGCAGGAAGGCUUUCCUCUGGAGCUGGUGGAUGGAGAUGCAUCCAACAUUCCUCUGCAGUGGGUGACUCAGGUUCUGAAGGAACUCAAUCAACUAACACAGUAUGACUGUAAGAUCCGGGUGGUGACUGUACUGGGGGUGCAGAGCACUGGGAAGUCCACCCUCCUGAACACCAUGUUCGGGGUCCAGUUUGCCAUCAGUAGUGGCAGGUGCACGAGAGGGGCCUUCAUGCUCCUCAUCAGAGUGAAAGAGGACUUUAAAAUGCAGCUUGGGUGUGAUUACAUCAUGGUUAUUGACACUGAAGGGUUGAAGUCACCAGAGUUGGCCCAGCUGGAUGACAGUUAUGAGCAUGAUAAUGAACUGGCCACUCUGGUGGUGGUGCUGAGUGACAUGACAGUCAUCAACAUCGCCAUGGAGAACUGCACAGAGAUGAAGGACAUCCUGCAGAUUGUGGUGCACGCCUUCCUGCGCAUGAAAGAAGUUGGGAGAAAACCCUGCUGUCAGUUUGUGCACCAGAAUGUCCCAGAUGUCUCUGCCCAUGAAAAUAACCUGAGAGACAGGAAGCUUCUGCUGGAGCAACUGAAUGAUAUGACCCAAGCAGCAGCUAAGAUGGAAAAAAGGGGAAACAACAAAACAUUUACUGAUGUCAUGGAGUACGAUCCAGAGAGAAACAACUGGUACAUCCCUGGGCUCUGGCAUGGCAUCCCUCCCAUGGCACCGGUGAAUGUUGGCUACAGUGAGGCUGUAAAUCUGUUCAAAAGGAGUGUGACUGAGACGUUUCAGCAACACAAAUCUGGAAAGAGCACACCAUACACAUUCAGUGAGUUCCUUGAAUGGACCAAGAGUUUGUGGGAGGCAGUGAAAUAUGAGAACUUCAUCUUUAGUUUCCGAAACAGCCUUGUGGCUGAUGCUUAUGCUCAGCUUUGCACUGAGUUCAACACAUGGGAGUGGGCCUUCAGGAAGAGAAUGUACUCUUGGUUAAGCCAAGCUGAGACAAAGGUGUCAAACUUUGGCACAAUAGCAACACAGAUUCAGCCAUCCUCCGAUGUAAAUGACUUGAUGAGCAGCCUUAUACAUGAGGCCUCUGUAGAACUGGAUAAAGGCGAAAAGCUUAUUUUGGACAAACUCACUGAAUUCUGUGAUAGACCACAGGGACAGGUUCACUUGGUAGAGAAGUACAAGCAGGAAUUCAUCAACGCAGCCAAAGCCAUCCGGAAGGAGACAGAGCACUCUGUUAAAAACAAGCUAGAUGCCACGGUGGAGAUUAGACAGGGUAUGUUCAGGUUAGAGAAAAUCAAGAAAAAUCAUACAGCUGUAAUGGAGCAGAAGGUGCUGGACCUGAUUGAGAACUGCAGGAAAAGUAAAGAUCUGUCAGAUCAAGAGCUGGAGACUGAAUUUGAGAUGAUGUGGAAUGAGACUGCGAAUGAACUGCAGUUCUGUGGCCUGGAAAAACGAGAUAUUGUCCUAGAUAUCUGGCACCAGCUGAGGGUUAACUUAGAGAUGAAAGGCAGCUCAGUACGUGAAAUGCUGUUGAAAGUUGGCGACUUGUCUGAAUGUGGAAUGGAGCCAUUCAAAUUGGAGAGUAAAGGAUUGUUUAAAAAGAUGUGGACCACAAUUUUUGGAGAUGAGCAGAAGAUAAAAACACAACAGAUAACUGAUCACAUCAUCAUGUGCAGCAGGCAGUUUGUAGCUGAAAAGGUGGGAACAAGGUCUGAUUACCAUAACACGUAUAUGAUUGGCUUGUUUCAUAUAAUAGAUGAAAUCCUGGACAGGAACACAGAUCUGGAAACAAGUGCUGACUUUGAGGUCGGGUUGAAGAUCCACAUCUGUGGACAUGCAGCACGGGAGUUUCAAAAAAUGCAUUUGGAUUUUAUCCAUGCAAAUGAUCCCCGUCACUGUCUGGAGCAGUUCAAGCAACAGUACCGCACUGACUUUAAGGACCUGUUCCAUAAAAGAGACCAGUGUCAGAAGAAAGCAGAGGAGUUCACCUACAACUGUCUUGCACCUGCAGUGAAGGAAUACAUCACCAAGUCUCUGGGCCCUGACCUUGUGGAUGAAAUGUUGACAGGAGAGAAAACCAAGGAUUUCAGCACUCAAUCCUUCUUCCAGUUCUCAAUCCUCAAGCAGCUGCUUUCAGAUGAUAACUUUGAGAACUUUGAGAAUUACAUAAGUAAUUAUGACACCUUUGUGCAGGACUGGAUAUUCGAGCAGAUGGUUAAGCAGUUCUCAGAGGGAGAUGGUCUCAGAACCAUUGAGAUUAAGCACAUGAAGGUGAUGGUUAAACGAUUGAAGAAAGCCAUUAAGAAUGCAGAGAGGAAAGUCAAUGAAAGAGUGACAGGAAGGGGUGUGGAGGACCAAUACAUUCAGCAGUUCAUUCAGGAUUUCUAUAGUGACCUACAGGAGCUUGCCAUCCCCAAAGACCCCCUCACAGUGGUCCUGGUUUUAAACACUGCCAAGCCAGUAGACUUUUCCCGGUGUCUGGAAGUGCUUGUGGCUGAAAUGGAGCAGUCCAUUACUGCAGAGUUUCAGAGGGGUGGGGAUGUGAGGGCCAGGCUGACCUCACUGCCCUUUCAGCCACAGAAGGAGCUGUUUAACAGGGUGUUUGGCUGUGGGAGGCAGUGUCCCUUCUGCAUGACCCCAUGUGAAGCAGGCGGCAAGAACCACACAGAGCACUUUUCUUCCAUUCACCGUCCUCAGGGGAUCUGUGGACACACAUGUUAUGAUUCUUCUGAAUUAUCGAUUGAUAUCUGCUCCAUGAGUGUUGCCUGUGAGGAACGAUUUAGUUCGAGUGAAACAGAGGGGAAAUGUCAUCCAUACAAGGACUAUCAGAGCAUUUACCCUGACUGGCGCAUCCAGCCUGACACCAGCAUCCAGGCCUCAGACUACUGGAAGUACGUCUUCAACAGGUUUAACAAGCAGUUUGCCAAGGUGUAUGAAGCUAAACCAGCUAACAUUCCCUUCCAUUGGAAACUAAUAACCAAAGACCAAGCCAGGGAAAGCUUGAAGGAAUCCUUCCAGAUGAAAACAGGAGAUUAAACGGGUCUUACAACCCGGAAUUCAGUUGGGUAGAAAAAUUGUCUUCUGAGUUGUAUUAAGAUCCAGUAGUCUACUCACAGCCUAAUGUUCAAGCACAUGAAGAGCCCCUAGCCAAGUCGAAUUGUAUGAACGAACUACAGUUUUGUACAAUACAAAUAAAAACAUUUAAUUUUAAAAAGGAAACCGCUGAAUUAAAUCAUUACUGAUGUCUGGAAGGAGUAUGAAUUCCCGAUCACUAAUACAGUGAGUCAUAUACAUAAUAUAAAGUGCUAUUACCUCUAUCAUAGAAUUUAUUAAUACACACGCUGUCUUUGAAUUAAUAUGGCUGACCUUUGUUCAUUGUUCCAUUGCUAUAUUUUAACAGUUUUUUAAUGUUGUGACAAUCUAUAUAUAAAAGAGAAUACUUUUUUACAAAAAUGCUAAACAUGUUUUCUAUCUAAUUAUGAAUCAUUUUCUGUUCUUCCUCUGAUUAAGGUCUUUCAUAUUAAUAAAGCACAUAACCUUCAUGAGUUAUUGGCUACAUUGUCAGCUCUUCAUCACUGCUUGCUUUGCUGUUUGAAAUAAUAAAUUAAGUGCCUAGAUAAUCUGGUUACGCAGUGGUAUAACUAGUUCACAUGUCUACUAUCAUAAUGAAUGUAUGUUUUUCCUUGAAUAAAAGCUGGAA